AUUGAAUAUAAAAGAAUGCCUAUCUAUCCAACAGCACCUCUUACCAGUUCUAUUCCAGCUCCAGUGAGUGUUGUUUAACCAGUAAGCUAUGCCCAACCAGUGACUUAUGCCCAACCUAUCUCAUAUGCUCCAUAACCAGUUUAAUAUGUGCCCCAACCUGUUUAUCAACAACCAGUUAUUGCUUAACCAAUCCUCACCCAAUCAGUUGUAGCUGCCCCAUAAUAGGCUCCAAUCAAAGGAGAAUCCAGAGUUGAAUACAGAGAAUAUCAAAGACCUGUUGUUGAAAUGGAAACAGAAACUAUUUAAGUUCAAGUACCAAAAACCAAAUAUGUGACUGAUUAUUAUCCAGUUGAAUACUAAACUGAGUACAUCCCUAGAACAGUUUAUGAGUAGUAAACUGAAUAUGUGCCAGUCACUAAAACUGUGCCUAGAGUUGAAUAUGAUGCUGUUGAGAGAGAGGUAUAAAGAGUGGUAAGUUCAAUAAAUGAACUAUUUAAUAGUAAUAUCAACCAGUCUAGACUGUUCCUGUUCAACCAGUCUAGACUGUUCCUGUUCAACCAGUUGUUUAAUCAAUUGUUCAACCAGUCCAACCACUCACUUAUUCAGUUGCUAGACCAAUUGCCUAAGCUCCAGUGUAUGCUUAACCAGUAGUUGCUCCGGCUCUCACUUUUUCAGGUGUGAGACCAGCUUAUGCACCAGUAUGAGAUGGUUAUUCUAUAUUGCUUAGGUUUACCCAAGUUACCCACCAGUUGGUGCUAGAACAUAAUAAGCAUAAUAACCAGUGGCAUCCAAUAAACCAUAAUGAGAUAUUAUUUCAUAGGCAUUUGCACAGAAUAUUAAUUAUCAUUUUCA